AUGCUUCGUAGGUCCAACCCGCCGCCCAAGGCUGAGCUCAAGCUAGAGCAACUGGCGGACCUCGACGUCGAGACGCCCCUCCGGCAGGGCGAACGCGGGGAGGACAGCUCUGCUGAAGACAUCAUCGCUGGGGAGAAGAUCCUGGAUCCGGAGGCUGAGAGGAUAGACUCCCCCGGCGAAGCACCCGACGUCCCCGAGCGUGGGGCUGCCAGAGCGCCGCCGGUCAACAGUGGGUAUCUGCCCCUGCCCUGGAGAGGCCGUCUCGGCUAUGCGUGCCUCAACACGUACCUGCGAUCGGCCAAGACGCCCGUCUUCUGUUCGCGGACCUGCCGCAUGGCAUCCAUCAUCGACCACCGGUACCCGCUGUCGGACCCGUCUCGGCCCGAGCACUCGGUCAAGAACCGGCCGGACAAGUCCAAGGAGCCCUCUCUCGAACGAGGCCUGAAGUCUGUCCAGGACCUCGGCCUGGCCAACGCCCGGGACAUCGUCCGGAUGCUCCGGUGGAACGGCAAGCACGGCAUCAAGUUCAUGCGCCUCAGCUCCGAGAUGUUUCCGUUCGCCAGCCACCGGGAACACGGCUACAAGCUGGCACCAUUCGCCUCCGAGGUGCUGGCCGAGGCGGGCCGCGUGGCCGCCGAGCUGGGUCACCGGCUCACCACGCACCCCGGCCAGUUCACCCAGCUGGGUUCUCCCCGGAAGGAGGUGGUGGACGCGGCGGUGCGGGACCUGGAGUAUCACGACGAGAUGCUGUCCCUCCUGCGUCUCCCGGAGCAGCAGGACCGCGACGCCGUCAUGGUCCUCCACAUGGGCGGCGUGUUCGGGGACAAGGCGGCGACCCUCGACAGGUUCCGCGCCAACUACGCCAAGCUCUCGCCCUCGGUCAGGGCCCGCCUGGUGCUCGAGAACGACGACGUCGGCUGGAGCGUGCACGACCUCCUCCCCGUCUGCGAGGAGCUCAACAUCCCGCUCGUGCUGGACUACCACCACCACAACAUCGUCUUCGACAGCACCCAGUGCCGCGAGGGCACGCUCGACAUCUGCCGGCCCGAGCUCCAGGCGCGCAUCGCGGCGACCUGGACCCGCAAGCGCAUCAAGCAGAAGAUGCACUACAGCGAGCCCUGCCCCGGCGCCGUCACCCCGCGGGACCGGCGCAAGCACAGCGCCCGCGUCAUGACGCUGCCCCCCUGCCCGCCCGACAUGGACCUCAUGAUCGAGGCCAAGGACAAGGAGCAGGCCGUGUUCGAGCUCAUGCGCACCUUCAAGCUCCCCGGCUUCGAGCGCAUCAACGACAUGAUCCCCAACGAGCGCGAGGACGAGCCCAGACCGGCGCCAAAGGUGCCCAAGAGGAAGCAGAAGCCCGCGGCCAGCCUCAAGAGGAAGCGGGCCCCGGACGAGGACCCGGUCGAGCUGAACAACGUCGGCUCCGGGACUGACGACCGGGAGCAGCCCGUUGACACCGGAAGAGAAGUGUCGGACGAGGACUACGCCAUGGGCGGACCGGACGGGAGGGUGUACUGGCCGCCCGGGAGGGAGGACUGGUUGAAGCCGGCCAAGAGAGGCGCCAGGACUCCGAGGCUAGCGGACAUAGAAAGGAUCAAGAAAAGGAGGUGA